AACCUCUUCUUUUACCUAUUGUCAUGAAGCCAUGGCGUUCUCUUCUUCUUCCAGCCCAAUCGAUCUAACCCUUUCUUCUACCCCAUUUCACAGACCCAGUCCCAAAUCUUCCAUAAAACUCCAACCUUUGCAUCCAAUUCCAUCGGAACCAAUCCUUCUUCCUCCAACUCCGGAUUCAGGCGAUGAAGACCGAUGUUCGCCGCGACAAGAAGAAGAUCAACAAAGGCUGCAAUCUCCUAACCUUGCUCUUCGGCCGCGCUCCUCGCUCUUCAUCCAACAAAUCCACCCCAAACCCCAAUCUAGCAGUACCAUCUUCCCUGGCGAAACCUCAUCCGCCGAGGUCGGGGAACCCUAAAGUAAUCUCCCACCCAACUGCCUCCCAUUCGAUCGCUCAAAAUCCGUCGAAGAAACCUGCCGCAGCUCCGGCAAAGAAGAAGCAAGUCCUCACGCCGGGUAAUGGCCUCUCCGGCGAGCUCGAUAUGAUGAUCUACGACUAUCAGAAGGCAAAGGGUAACAGCAAAUUGGUGCGAGCUUCUUCGAGCAAUGUGAUGGUGUACGGUCAAUUAGGCAACAUUUGGGGAUCGAAUGGUGGCAUCAAUGGCGGAAAGGAUAGGACUUUGAGGAGGAAAGCAGAAGAGAAGACGGAGGCUUUGUGGAAGGGAAUGGAUGCUGAGAAGUUGAAGGAGAUGGGGAAUGAGGAAUUUAAGGCUGGGAGGCUCAGUGAGGCGUUAGGUCUCUAUAAGAAGGCGAUCGAGGUUGAUCCUAAGAAGGCUUCUUAUUGGAACAAUAAGGCGGCGGCGCUCGCCGGAAUGGGGAGGCUGAUUGAGGCGGUGGGAGACUGUAGGGAGGCGGUAAGGAUUGACCCUUCAUAUUCCAGAGCUCAUUAUCGGUUGGCGACGUUAUAUCUCAGGUUAGGAGAAGCUGACAGAGCUGCUCAUCACUACAAACAAGCUCCAAAAGUGGCUGAUACUGAUGUCAUCUCUAGAGCAACAAAUCUCCAAAUCCAUAUUCUAAGAUGCGGCGAGGCUCGGAAACUCAAGGAGUGGCAGGACAUGCUCAAAGAAUCCCAAUCCGCCAUUUCUGGCGGCGCAGAUUCAGCUCCAAAUGUAUUUGCAUCACAAGCAGAAGCGCUUCUGAGACUUGGCAGGCAUGAAGAGGCCGAUUCAGUGCUUAAGAAUGGGCCCAACUUUGAUACUGAAGCUCUCAUAACUUUCUUUGGUUCAGCAUACAUCCUCAUGAUCCAAGCAGAAGUACAUUUGGCUUCAGGAAGGUUCGACGAAGCAGUUACCGCUAUUGAAAGGGCGGCUAAGAACCAGAACAACAGAGAAAUCAGUGCUGUAGUUACCCGAGUAAAAGCUGUUGCAUCUGCUCGAAAAAAGGGCAAUGAGCUCUUCAAAGCUUCGAAGUAUACGGAAGCAUGUAUUGCUUAUGGAGAAGGGCUUCACCAUGAUCCGUCGAAUGCCAUUCUUCUCUGCAACCGAGCUGCGUGUCAUUCGAAGCUCGGACAAUGGGAGAAAGCAAUUGAUGACUGCAAUAAUGUUCUUAGUUUGAAGCCUUCGUAUACUAAGGCUAGACUAAGAAGAGCUGAUUGUUUUGCUAAGGUGGGGAAGUGGGAGGCAUCAGCACAAGAUUAUCAGAUUUUGAGGAGAGAAUUUCCAGGAGAUGAGGAGGUGGCAAGAGCACUUUCAGAAGCUAAAUCACAUCUUCAUCAGAGAAAGUCUUAGCUUCUUCUUGUAUAAGGGAGAAAUCUUUACGAAACUAACGGUACCUGCUCUUCUUCAGAAAAAAAAAAUGAAGCAGGUGACGCAUCUAGCUUGCAUGAUUGAAGAAGAGAGGACUUAAAUACUA